UUACCUAGGCAGCGGAACAGCACCCACAGCGAUUGGCUACUUUCAUUGCCGUAAAGCACUUCGGCGCUCUGACUGUCGUAGAGUCGGUAGCUAACAGUCGAGUAUUUCCACUAAAGGUUUUCUUCUUUUUCAGUAGUUUAGCGACAUUUAAUCAACAUGGCUGAGAAGUUUGAUAAUCUGGAGGAGCAUCUGGAGAAAUUCAUCGAGAAUAUUCGACAGUUGGGGAUAAUAGUGAGCGACUUCCAGCCGAGCAGUCAGGCAGGACUCAACCAGAAACUGAACUUCAUGAUAUCUGGACUUCAAGACAUCGAGAAGUGCCGUCAGCAGCUUCAUGAGAUCAACGUGCCGCUGGAGGUCUUUGAAUACAUCGACCAAGGUCGAAACCCUCAGCUGUACACCAAGGAAUGUCUGGAGAGAGCCUUGGCGAGGAACGAGCAGGUCAAAGGGAAGAUUGACACUAUGACGAAAUUCAAGAGCCUUCUAAUCUCCGAGCUCGGCAAAGUGUUUCCAGAGGAGAUGGUAAAGUACAAGGCUAUACAUGGAGAAGAUGCCCCCUCCUAGUGACUGCUGCACCAUGACCCCUGACCUUCAACCUGUGACCCUUGAAAUGAAAGCCUGAAUGGAGUUUAACCCAAGCAGGCUCCUCUGUGGUCGCCCGCAGAACAUGAUAAUACCCUGUUAUUAUUUUUCGUGAAUAUUGCGAUGCUGUUGCUGACUAGUACCCUGAGGGAGAAGGUUUUUAUUUCUGCUCAGCACCCUGACUCAGCCAAUCCUCUUCUUUUUCUUUCUCUACAUUUAAAACUUAAUUUAAAGAAAUACAAAUCAGUAGGAAGUAUAUGGGAGGAGGAGAAGAGAGAAGGAACAAAUGAUUUUCAGCACUCGGUUGUUGUGUUGCCAGGAGACACAUUUGUUUUUAAUGGCCCUGUUGAUGCAUCGGCACUCAGUGGGCUGCAGAGGCAAUUUCUACAACUCCCAACUGUACAGAAGAAAAUAUUCAAGAGCUGCAAGGCACCCGUCUGAUUCUGCAUCACAGCCUUUACUCCAUCUUGUACAUACGGUAUAUUUAUACUCUUGCAUUUUACCUUUUGUAAUGCUUCCUACUCAUUGUGCAACAUACAUUUGUACCACAACACAGUUCAUGACAUUUUGUAUCAAGCUCAGGUUUCUAAUGGCCACAACUAUUGAAUGCAGAUGCUGUUUGAUGGUAAUUCUGUGCCUGAUCACUUGACAUGGUCAGAAAUGAGUUCACUCUUUAUUUGUAACUUGUUUGUAUUAUAAUAAUUUUUUGUUAUUAAAUGAUCCUUGUUGGACUGAU